AUGAGCAGCCAAGUCAAGACCAUCGUCCGUGUGCUGCGCUCCGCAGGCUCCAUCACUCUCGGCAACGGCAACCUUGUCCUCCUGAGCAUUGAGGCAGGUCGUCUUGUCGAGAAGAUCUAUGAUGGAGAUGACCUCAAGGACCAGCGCUUGAUUGCCGAUAACGUCACUUGCCCUAACUCACAGCAGGUCUUUGUUCUGUAUGUCGACCAGGAUGACCAGAUCAGGGCCAGCGAGUUCGACUCUGACUCUGAGGAGUGGGAUGAUGCCGAUCUCGGUGAUAUCGACGUGACUGUGCACCCGGACAGCCAUCUCGCCAUCGCAAACAUCCACAGCGCCAGCCUGGUAUUUUAUCAGGGAGCUGACGGUGUCAUCAAGAGCAUCAACUACGACCAAGAGGGUAACCAGUGGACUGAGGGUUUCCCAGUUCCUGGCUCCGCCGCCGUCGGUACGCCCAUCUCGGCCUACUCGACUGACAAGGCUUUGGCUGUGAGCUUCAUCGGCCAAGACAAGAGUGUGCAUGUCCACAGCCGGGACUUUGAGUCUGGAGAGUGGAGUGAAUCCACCCUUCCGGGCACUUGGGACGACUCCGUGACUAGCAUCAUCGUCUCCCAGGAUGUCGAGACCGGUAGCUUUGAGGCAUUUGCUCUGGUAGGCACCACCAUCGACCACAUCAAGAAGGACGGCACUCGCGCCGCCCUGGGUUCUAUCCAGAAUGGUGAUUUUGUCCCUGCCACCAAGGCCGAGGCGGGGGAUGUGUACGGUAACAACUACGGCAUCAUCCAGAACUACUGGAACUACGGCGGCGGCUACGGUGGCGGAAACUAUGUAUACAUGUCUCCUCCCGUCUAUGGGGGUUGCCGACCCCGCUGGUGCUGA